UGGUUGGCAGCGGCCAUUACAAAAUAAUCAAGGCAGGUGACCAAACAACUGCAGAAAACUUGCCUUUAUAAUUGGACUAUUGCAGAAAUUGAGCAGCCGAUCUACGCAUAUGUUAAUUGAAAUACUGUGAAUCGUGUUUCUUCGUGUGGAAAUAGCUUAGAAUAGAACGCAUCAAGAUCGAAAUCCAUCAGCUUCGAUAAGUAACACUCCUAACUACUCGACAUCGUUCAAGUUUGUGUUAUUUCCAAACAAUCGCAAUGAGUAAUUAUCCACCACCACUACAACAACAACAACAGCCGGGCUAUCCAGGCUAUCCUCCUCAACAGGGACAAUACCCUCCUGCAGCACAGCAAGCAUAUUACCAGCCAGGACAACCUCAAGGUUAUAGCCAGCCACCUCCACAAGGUUAUGGACCGCCRCCACAAGGUUAUGGACCGCCUCAGGGGUAUGGACAACCACAAACAUAUCAGCAGGGUGGUGUUCAGAUGAACUAUGGACAGCAGACAGUAUACCAGCAGCAAGUAGUAACCACACAGCCAUUGCAGCCAGCUAAUUUCCAACAAGUUCCUGUACGCUGUCAAUGCCCAUUUUGCCAUAAYAUUAUCACAASUAAAGUCAGUCGAGAAAUUGGCACAACAACAUUUCUAUAUUGCUUGAUGUUGUCCUUAGUCUGUUGUUGCUGUUGUCCUUUCUGUAUGGAUUGUGCAAARGAUGCAUCGCACUCCUGUCCUAAUUGUAAAAAACAUCUUGCAACAUUUCRUCAACCUGUUGUCCAGUCUGGUGGUGGAGGUGGAAGUUCACGACACAAUUAUGACCCUGCAUUUGGUGGUCCAGGRGACGAYGGGUGCGGUAGGGGACCAAUAGACCAAGGAGGUUCAGGGGGAGGUGGAGAUGAUGGCGGCGGUGGCGGUGAUGGUGGUGGUGAUUAGGAAGCAAUGAUUGUAGCAUAAUUGUCAAUAAUAGUUUUAAUUGUAGCCAUUGCAAUUAUCUUAGAUUAGUAAAAGAGAUCUGGUCACACUU